GCAAGAAGAGAUUGUUCAUGGCACCCAAAAAAUGUGCACGGAGACGAGCAAGAGAAGCCGGACCGACCCCAUUUCUAUCCGGGGCGGAUCCUAUAUCCAAGUGCGAUAACACUUUCAGAACCGAAAAGGAGACCGCUUUCCUGAUCGUGUUCCUUGUCCUCCGGCUUCACGGCAACGAGCAGUUGCCGGGAAUAUCUGCGGCUUCUGCCCUUACCAUGGACGAUAAGUCAUUAGUCCGGCACCUUCUGAAGCUCCUUGGAGCAAAAUCUACCGAAUCUCUGGAAGAGAUUAUCCAGAUUUUAUGGAGUACAAGGAAGACCGGGUUGAAAUCGCAACAACGAACUCAUGUUCAAUGCCUCCUCGGGAUUCAGUCGCCAGCUGAGCUCGAUCCAGUAUUGGCUUGCUUACGCUUGUUGAUAAGAAAGUGUGCACGUGAGAGUCUCUGUCAGGAUGAAAUUCAGAAGCUACUUCCCAGUGAAGUUCCUCUUCAGUUGCAGAACGACCUUGUGUUACUAUUGCAGAAAUGCCAAGCUCGCUGGAAAGAGGAUGCUUCAAAUGAUCACCCCAUGUGGCCAAACACAAGGGUGUCUUAUCAGGCUAAGGUUAGCUCUACACCUGCACUUGCACUCCCAAGAUUGCUGAAUACAGAUAUAGCAGAAUUGUGGCCAUGCCAAGAUGAUGUUGUCAGUAACUUAAGCCAUGUUGAUAUUGAUGAUCCUGCAAAGCAACUUGCCAACCAAGAACAGUCUUUCAUGGCUUGUGCAUUUACCCAGCAGGAUGGUGUUGCUCCUGGCAAAUUGGUUUUGGUGGACCAGGGGCAGCAGGUUAAGCAGAUGGUUUUACUCACGCCCUACUGGGGAGGUUUUGGAUCUUUUGUAGCGCCGGCGCAUCUUAUUUUGAUUGUAUUCAUGUGUUGUUUUCGUUAGACAUCAAUUCUAUGUUUUGGGGCAUUUUUGUCGUACACUUAGAUGUGAUUUUGUAUGAAUCAAAAUUGUUAUAUGAAUGAAAGUUCGCCCCAUUGUCUUGAAUGACAUAGCUCCCUCUUUUAAAUCGUUGUGUCAUCACACCUCAAUGCUUUAUGUUAGAAAAAAAAAUGUGUUUGAGGGUAAAAAAGGUUGGGGUGUGACAUAAGCAGACUUUGCAUUGAAGGAAACUCCCACUCCCAAGUCGGAUGCAUCAGAUUCUACGAUAAAUUGCAGUUUGAAGUUGGGCAUUUGUAGGACAGGAGUGGUGGUCACCACCUGCUUCAAGGUGUCAAAGGCUCGCUCAGCAAUUUCCGACCACAAGAAUUGCCCUUGUUUGGUAAGUGCAGUGAGUGAGGCUGCCAACAUACCAAACCCCCCACAAAUUUCCUGUAAUACUCCCCAAACUGAGGAAAGCCCUCAACUACUUAAACGAUGGGUUCGUUUCCAGUUGCUUACCGCAGCUACCUUAUUGCCUUCCAUCUGCAUUUUGCUGUUUCUGAUAACAUGUCUCAAGUAUGAUAGUUGAGUCAUCCCAAACUGGCAUUUAGAUAGUCGUGCCCUCAGCUGGUUACAUUGCAAUUUAGCGAGUACCUCCCUCAGGUGCUGAAGAUGUUCCUCUUCGUUCCUGCUAUAUACUAGAAUGUUGACAUAGAAUACAAGGAUGAACCGGCACAAGUGCUGCGGCGGGAGCGUUUGUCAGUCCAAAAGGCAUCACUACAAAUUUGUAGUGACCAUCGUGGGUAUGAAACGUGUUGGUUAUCGAUCAUGGCUGAACCUUCUGUCAUCGGCUUUGGAGUUGUCUUCAGCAUAUGUGGGCCGUGGUGGCCCUUCCUCAGAGGCAUUUUCAUUCCUAGGAAAUCCAAUGCCGCCUUCUCGAGAUGUCGUAGCCAUUGGAUUCCCAACACAAUGUCUGCCCCUGCCAUAGCCAGUGUGUAUAGUUCCAUCGGAAAUUUGUGCCCUUGUAUCUCUAACGUCUCUUGUCAGCAGCGUUCCCUGCACUUGAGGAUACUCCCAUUGCCCACGACCACGUUGAAUGCCGGUCGAGCCUCUGCCUCUCACCCAGCGUUUUGGCUGAUGUUUCCGAAGUAAAAUUGUGCGUGAAUAUCAACUUGGAGAUUUCUUCAUCAAAGCACUUGCUUCAGCUAGAUUUCAGUUCCUUCUUGGCAAACUUUCGGUAAUCCUACCAUAAGUUUGAGGUGGGGUGUUAGGAUUUAAAGCUUAGAUUUAUUGUACGUAUGCACAUAUACCCUUGGUUGUUUGAUAUAUGGUUGUAUAUAUUUUUAUAUAUAUGUGUGCAUAGGUCUUUUAUGUGUUCUUCUUUUCCUUUUUAUGUACUUUUCUAUUUCUUUUUAUUUUAUCUUUUUUAGUUUUUUUAUUUGUAAAAAGGAGAAGAACCAGCUGUUGGACCAGCUUCGAACGGCUAGAUUUCUAGCCGUUGGAGCUGGCCGAAUAGCCUCUCCCUCUUCCUCUUUUCCUUUUCUUGUACUAUAAAUAAGGGAUUGUUGUCCUUUGGUUUGUAUGGGCUUUAAGGCCUGGUUUGGUGUAUUAUAUGAGAUUUGGUUUUCACCUCUAGUUUGAGGUUUCUCCUUGUGUGCGAUCUUGAAUUUGUUGGUAUUCUCAAGAGUGUGAUCAAAGAGUUUCUAUCAUCAAGAUCAGUCCUAGUUUUCAGUUACUGCCUGCUAACAAGGGAUAGCUAACAAGCAUGCACAUGCACUUCAAACAGAAGCCCAACCUCCAAAGGUAAUCUUUUCAUUAGGGUAUUAAUCCCUCUCAUUACAUCCUUUAUAUGUAAGUGUAAAGUGGGUUGGAUUAUUCCUAACUACAAACCCACAAGACCGGAUUCUACGAGUUACAAUGGGGCCUAACACACACACACACACCACAUGCACUAACAUACAUACACUUUUAUGAGAGAGAGAGAGGUCUCCAGUGGCAGUUUAUGCCAUAAAGAAGUAUGUAAGGUAUGUGUAAUUCCAAUAUCCAUUUAUCUGCUUCCAUAGAAUAACGUCAGUAUCCCAUCUUUACAUUAUAUUGACAAUUUCAUCGGCAUCCUUUCUUUGUGGCAGGGACAGUUUUUUAUUUCUAAAGAGAGAUUUGAAAAAUCGAAUUUAACAAAGACAGGUUUUGGGUUUGAAGGAAUUGCAUAAAGAGUAGGUACUUGCGCAUCACAGUUUAGGUUCACAAUGCACAUUAUCAUUGUUCAAAGGUGCACUGCCUAUCCUGAAUUAGAAGGCAUCUGGCCGAAGUGUGGGUCCACUGCAUAAUUUAGUUGUGGAACAUCACACUGAGAAAACAUAGAAUAGUAAAAUUUGAGAAAAAUUUGAAAAGUAUUUCCUACAUAAGUUAGGGCUUAUGUGUCGAGUCACUAGUUGGGUUUACAUUUUGUUUGUGCUUUGCUGGGUAAGAGUUUUCAUUCGUAGGUGAGCAUCAUUAAAUCUUUAUAUAUCAUUUAUGAGUAUUAUAUGGUGAAGUAUUUCUCAGAUAUAAUGUGGCAAACUUAUAUUUUUUGGGAAAAUCUCGGCAGAUUUUUUUAAAAAUCAUAAAAGUUAGGUAAACUAAAAUAAAAAAAAAAUUAAUAAGAAGACAUUGGAAAAAUGACCGGAUAAACAUGAUACGAGUGGGUGAAAAAUAGUAGAUUAAAAGUAAAUAAUAGCCAUCUGUAGGAUUAUGAUAUAAUAAAUUUUGUUGGCCCUCAUGCUAGAACCAACUUACUCAGCCACCGAGUUAAUGAAGGAGUUAAUGCCAUGGGAUUAGGGUUUCAUUAGUUGAGGUCCUUGAGGAGAAGCUGGGUUCUCUCUCUCUCUUCUUUAUUGUGCCUAAUUUUGUGGUUAACCAUCUCUCUCUUCUUUAUUACAUUUGUUACUGAUUAAUCACCAUUACUACAUGCACAUUUCUGUUCUCUCUCUUCUUUAUUGCGCUUAAUUUUCUGGUACCAGCUCCCUCUCUUCUUUAUUAUAUCUGUUACUGAUUAAUCUCCAUUACUACACACACCUUUGAUAGCAGAUGCUAUCAAAACAGCAAAUCAAAAUUAGGAAAUAGAAAACUAAUGGUCUGGCUGAACACUUAAAAACAGAAUUUCUCAUGUGCAGUAAAAAAAAAACGUGUUUUUUUUUAUUUUUUAUUUUCUGGCACCGUUUUAAAAGACACGUUUUGUUGAUGUUUUUCAGCUGAGUCAUAUUUAACAUGUUUAUUGCAUUUUUUUGCAAAUGAAACAUGAUAUUUGUGACAGUGCUUUAAACAAAUGUUUUGUUGAGAAAUGAGUCUUCUAUUGAGGCUUUUAGUAAAUAGUUACAAGUUAUGAUUUUAUUUUAUUAUUGUAAGAGGUUCUCUUUAUUAUUUAUGUUUUCUCUUAGGGAUCUACUUUUUAAGUUUGUUGUCUCGCUGUAAUUCCUUCUUAACGUGGGAUUAGAGUUAGUGAAUAAGAUUUUUCUUUAUUUUUCUUUUCUCUCCCUCAGCUGUAUCUCAACAUUGCAUGUCAUAAAUGUAUGACUAAAAACUACAUGCAGUAAGAUAAAUGGAUAAUUGACACCAACAGAAAUGUGAUAUUCCUAUCAUAUCCUUCAAUUUCAUGAAUUCCACGGAACUGAUAGAUUCACAAAAUCAAUCUUCCUGUUGAAUCUUUUUGCUAUCAAUGUUUAGUUGCCCUUCAGCAUUAUUUAUUUAAUAAGUUUGCAGUUUGCACAAGUGAUACAUGUCUCUUGUUAGGUACCUUGUGACUAGAAGUAUGUUAACUUCACCAUUUUAGCUGAAUAGAUAUAUUAAUUCCUUCCUGACAAGUUGUGCUACAUUUUCACUUUUUGGAGGAACAAGCAUCUAAAAUUCCGACAAAGAGGGAUUUGUUUAAUUUGUUUCCCUUUCAAUGGUAGUUUGAUUUAUUUCUUU